CUAGGCAGUAGAUGCUCUGACUUGAUGAGUCCGUGCAGAUGGCUCCCCACACCUCUCGCCCUUUCCGACCCGACGACUCCUUCCCGCAAAAGCAAGGAAGCAAGCAACAAACCGCCCCGUUCCCUUCUUCCUCCUCUGGAAAAGGCGAGGAGAUAGAAGCAGCCAAGUGAUCCGUUUCGUUCAUCCAUCCGUUCCUCUCGCGCCACUAGAAUUCCCCGCCCAAUCUGACGCCGCCAUAUCCUCGUCGGCCGUCGCGCCAUUAAUCUAUCAUUGCGUCCACGCCUGCUCCACUUCCUCGCCCGCCCAUCCCCCCAUUACUUCCACGCAAAGGAUUUCCUUUUUACAAUACUCUAGUCUGAUUGAUUGAUCCGGCCAAGACUGUCGGAAGCUUGUGCUUAUUUACUACCUCUUCCCCUUUUUUUCCCCCUCAUUUUUGGGGUUUAUUUAUUCCCUCCCCCACGCUUGCAUCUUUUUUAUGCGUGCUGAGUCGCGGCUGGGAUCGGAGGCUCUUGCGAUUUUUUGAUCUAGCAUCCUGCCCUGCUCAAUUCCGAUUUUUUAGUUCGCAUUUGAGUAGCUGCACUUGAUUGGGUUCUCCUGUUUCUUCUGCUAGCUUGUGUAACUAUAUCCACUACUGGUGCGAAUUGGGGAUUCUUACCAUUUAGAUGUUCUUGAUUUGGAAUCGAAGGAGCUCCAAUUUUCUGGGGGCUCCGAAGAGCUCAGGUCGAUAUUAAACCAGUUCGGGGUUCUGGUUCCUGCCCAUGGACGAGUCCGGCGAAGCAAGCGUCGGCGCCUUCAGGAUCGGGCCGUCUACGCUGCUCGGCCGCGGGGUCGCGCUCCGCGUGCUCCUCUUCAGCUCGCUGUGGCGCCUGCGGGCGCGUGCGUACGCCGCCAUCUCGCGCGUGCGCAGCGCGACGGUGCCGGUGGUGGCUUCCUGGCUGCACCUCAGGAACACUCACGGCGUCCUCCUGAUGGUCGUCCUCUUUGCCCUCUUCUUAAGGAAGCUCUCCGGCGCUCGGUCGCGGGCGGCGCUGGCGCGCCGGCGUAGGCUGUGCGAGAAGGUCAUGCGUCAUGCCGCGACGUACGAGGAGUGGGCGCGCGCCGCCAAGGUGCUCGACAAGAUGUCCGAGCAGGUCCACGAGGCGGAUUUCUACGACGAGGAGCUGAUCAGGAGUAGGCUUGAGGAGCUCCGGAGACGGAGGGAGGAUGGGUCGCUCCGGGAUGUGGUGUUCUGUAUGCGCGGCGAUCUCUUGAGGAACUUGGGGAACAUGUGCAACCCUGAGCUUCACAAGGGCAGGCUUGAGGUUCCUAAGCUUAUAAAGGACUAUAUUGAUGAGGUUUCUACUCAAUUGAAAAUGGUGUGUGAAUCUGACACUGACGAGUUGCUAUUGGAAGAAAAGCUUGCCUUUGUUCAAGAGACCAGGCAUGCCUUUGGGAGGACUGCACUACUCUUAAGUGGGGGCGCCUCACUGGGGUCUUUCCAUGUAGGUGUAGUGAAAACAUUGGUUGAGCAUAAGCUUCUGCCUCGUAUUAUAGCAGGAUCAAGCGUUGGUUCCAUUAUAUGUUCAAUAGUUGCUACCCGAACAUGGCCUGAGAUUGAGAGCUUCUUCACAGACUCAUUACAGACCUUGCAAUUCUUUGAUAGGAUAGGUGGAAUUUUCGCGGUGAUGAGGCGUGUCACCACCUAUGGUGCACUACAUGACAUUAGCCAGAUGCAAAGGCUUCUGAGGGAUCUCACAAGUAACUUAACAUUUCAAGAGGCUUACGACAUGACUGGCCGUGUCCUUGGGAUCACUGUUUGCUCUCCUAGAAAAAAUGAGCCACCCCGCUGCCUCAACUAUCUGACCUCACCUCACGUUGUUAUUUGGAGUGCUGUAACUGCCUCUUGUGCAUUUCCUGGGCUCUUUGAAGCUCAGGAACUGAUGGCAAAGGAUAGAUUAGGCAACAUAGUUCCCUUCCAUGCACCCUUUUCGACAGACCCUGAACUAGGUCCUGGAGCAUCAAAGCGCCGGUGGAGAGAUGGGAGCUUGGAGAUGGAUUUGCCCAUGAUGAGACUCAAGGAACUGUUUAAUGUAAAUCAUUUCAUUGUGAGCCAAACUAAUCCUCACAUUUCUCCACUCCUCCGAAUGAAAGAGCAUGUUAGAGCUUAUGGAGGCCGCUUUGCUGGAAAGCUUGCUCGUCUUGCUGAGAUGGAAGUUAAGUAUCGAUGUAACCAAAUUCUAGAGAUGGGUCUUCCAAUGGGAGGACUUGCAAAGUUGUUUGCUCAGGACUGGGAGGGUGAUGUCACCAUGGUUAUGCCAGCAACAGUAGCUCAGUAUCUGAAGAUUAUACAGAAUCCAACAUAUGCAGAACUCCAGUUGGCUGCCAACCAAGGCCGCAGGUGCACUUGGGAGAAGCUCUCUGCAAUCAGAGCAAACUGUGCCAUUGAACUUGCAUUGGAUGAAUCUAUAGCAGUUUUAAACCACAAACGGCGACUAAAAAGAAGCAUUGAAAGGACCGCGGUAGCUUCCCAGGGACAUUCUAACUAUGUUCGAUUCAAAACACCAAGGAGGGUACCAUCAUGGAGCUGCAUCAGUCGAGAGAAUUCUUCAGAAUCUCUCUCCGAAGAAAUUUCUGCAGUUGCUACUUCAUCCACGCAGCAAGGUGCUGUUCUUGCUGUUGGCACACCACAUAUUUCUCACCACGACCGACACACUUCUUAUGAUGGAAGUGAGAGCGAAUCAGAAACCAUUGACCUUAAUUCCUGGACCAGGAGUGGUGGGCCUCUAAUGAGGACAGCAUCUGCUGACAAGUUCAUCAGUUUCAUCCACAAUCUUGAGAUUGACACUGAAUUCAGUAGGCCCUGUACUGUAGAAGGUGAUACUACAGGCAUUUUGUCGGAAUCUACCUUUCCAGACGAUCCAUGCCCAAACAAUAGCUGUAGAGUUGCUACGCCAGAUAGAUGCACAGAAGUUUCUGAGACCGAGUCAUGCCACACUGUCAACACCAGAGCUAGUCAAGCUUCUACUCCCACAAACAUCGCAGUUUCUGAAGGAGAGUUGCUACAGCCUGAUAAUACUACAAAUAGUAUUCUACUUAAAAUUGUGAAGGGAGAUGCUCUGCAUGCUCAUCAUAACAAUGCAACCGAAUUGGCCGAGAGCUCCUUGACUGAAGCAUAUGUGGAACCUUGUGACACCAUCUCAGGGGCCGAAUCUGCUGAAGAUAACAAGGAUGCAGCGGACUCAAGUAAUCCCUCACUUGAUAAUGCUGAUCUUAUAACUUAACAUCAAUCUUCAGUUGAUGAAUAGAUUCUUGAUUUUGAAAGGUCGUGAUAUAGUUCACUACAGCAACGCUGUACAAGAAAAUUGUUGUGGCUCUAUUUAAAGAGCACGGAUAGCAUAUAUGUUAUGUUAAUGUUAGUAUUUGCAUCUAUUCUGAGAUUA